AUGGUGAUUCUUGCAACCGGUAGAAGUCUCUCAGCAUUCAGCGCUCGUAGUCGUCAACAAAGCAAUCCUUUGUCAUGCAAGUUGUCUACGCGGAUACAUCCCAAUCAACAACAACAACAGAAGCCACAAAUCAACCAGGCCACUGCCUUUUCUACUUCUGCACGAGCACAAGCAAGGUAUUAUGAAGGCGCAAGCAGCCCUGGUAGCACGUCGAGUGAAUCCUCCUCGUCGUCGUCUCAUGGUCCAACCAUCACAGAACAAUCCAUCCUCAGCGCAUUCCCUCGUCCCAACUUGAGCCCUACGCUUCACUUUUCUAUCUUUUCGGGAAACUUUGAUAGCAACAACUCACCAAGAAAGGAUGACAAGAACCGAUGUGGCAACUGUGCUGGUCCUCAUUCCACCGACUUUUGUCCAUGUUAA